AAAUGCAUUUAAUUAUCCAAAAUUAUCAAGAGUGAAAAUAAUAAAAUCUGGUAUACAAACAGUGGUUACAGAGACAUUCAGCAAUAUGCCAUCUUUAAUUUACCUAGAUCUCAGUGACAACAAAUUAAAAUCCUUACCAGCAAAAAUGUUUGAAAAUAAUCCACAAUUACGGAUCUUAAAUAUAAGUAACAACGAAAUUUCUAGCAUACUUAAAGAUACAUUCAUACGAAUGCCUGAUUUAAUUGAAUUAAAUUUAGCGCAUAAUAAUUUAACAGUUAUUAAAAAUAUUUUUACAUCGUUAACACAAUUACAAGAAUUGAACUUAUCUUGGAAUCGAAUCUAUAAAAUUGAACCACAAACAUUUAAGGAAAAUGCUAAUUUAAAGAAAAUUAUUAAUAAUUUUAAUCCAAUCUCUGAUUUAGAAGAAAACACAUUUUUACCAUACGAAUGGGGAGUAACGAAUAAAUUUUUAAUCGGUGCCGAUAAAACUGCAACGAUUACCGAAUUACAUAUUGGUAAUUGUCUUCUAUCAACUUUAAAAGAUCAUUAUUUUGUACAUUUACGUCGAUUGAAAUUUUUGAAUCUCGAAACAAAUCAAAUCACUGAUUUCGAACGGAAUGUUUUUCGAGAAAAUACGAGACUAGAAUAUUUACGUUUAAGUUAUAAUGAAUUGAGAGAAUUACCAUCGAAUGUAUUCGAUCGAUUACGAAAUUUAAAAACAUUAUGGUUGAAAGCGAAUUUUUUAACCGAAUUACCGAUAGAUGUGUUUAAACGUAAUACGAAAUUAGAAAUUUUACAAUUAGGUUACAAUAAAAUCGUACCAAAAAAUAUUUUUGAAUUCGUAGUUGAGUUGAAAGAGCUAUCAUUAUAUCGAAAUCAAAUAACAUACCUCGAACCUGGGAUAUUUGAUAAUCUAAUACGUUUAAAAAAAUUAUCUUUACAUCGGAAUCAAUUGAAAGAGAUCGAGCCGAAUAUAUUUUUCAAUUUGAUCGAAUUAAAUUCAUUAAUUCUAGAUACAAAUCCUUUAACGAAAAUUAAAAUUGGAACGUUUAGUAGUUUUCACGAUGGAUAUGCGGAUGAAUCCUCUCGAAUAUUAGAAAUUAGUAUGCAAGCAGUUAAAUUAACAGAAUUAUCGCCCGAUGCAUUUGCACCACUCUCUCGUUUAAUAUCAUUGGAUGUCGGAUAUAAUUACAUCGAUAAAAUCGAUACAGAUUUCUUUAAAUUCAUGGGUGAAACUUUAACCGUUUUAAUAUUGAGUGGAAAUCGUUUGGCUGAAUUACCAUCAAAUAUAUUUGAUUCCUUAGAAAAUGUUAUUCGCCUAGAUUUAAAUCGAAAUCGUUUAACAAAAUUAGAUCCAGAAAUAUUUCAAAAUAUGGUAUCGUUAGAGAAAUUAGAUUUAGCAAAUAAUAAAUUUAAAAUUAUUCCAACUAAUUUAUUCAAUGUACCACGAUUAAUCGAAGUUAAUCUAGCAGAAAAUGAACUUACGUAUUUAGCAUCAGAUAUAUUCGAAGGUGAAGAUUGUAUUGUUGAACGAUUUUACAUUCAAGAGAAUAAAUUAACAUACUUGGAAAGUGAUUUUUUUAAACGAUCGAAAUUAAAAUAUUUACGUUUUGGUAGAAAUCCUUGGCAGUGCGGAUGUUUAAAUGAAAUCAUGAAUGAUAUUUAUCGACUGAAUAUUGAAUAUCCGCUACGUGAAAAUUUCGACGGUACAAAUCCAUCGUGCGUUGUAACAGAUAAUAAUACAUGUGUGCGUGAAUCGUAUUUAAGUGAAGAUUUGUAUAAACAAUUUUUUUCGAUUCAACAUAGUAAUUUAAUUUGGUAAUGAAUUCCUAAUAAUUAAGGCAUAUUUGUAUUUAUUUAACCGUAACAUGAAAGAAAAGCAUAUGCGUGUACUUAUGUACGCGAUUAAGAGGGUAUGCUUUUUCGGUAAUAACAAAUAUAAUAAUUUAUAAAUAAUGUAAACAUAUAAUACAGAUUACAGUUAACUUAUCUAUUAUAUUCAUAGAUGACACUUAAUCUGUCAUCUACCUAUUCUUGUCUAUUGUGAAUGAUAUUUCAUUUAUUGACUAACUUCAUGGUGUUAAAACAUUUGUAAUUAUCUUCAACAAGUAGUUUUUGUGUCAUCCUGUGCGCGCGCAUCAUGAAAACUCACUCUCAUUAUUUUUCCAUAAUGCGCCUAAAGAAGUAUAACUAAAAAAUGUAAGAUUUGAACCAGGUUUACGCUGUCAACCAGGAAUGGAGAUAUUGGAAUUUGACGAACAAUUUUUAAUUAUUAAAUAAACAAAGUUUUGAUAAAAUUUUUCUAAUACCCGUAGUUCUUGCGGGGAAAAUCAUUAACGAACUCAAUCUUACUUUUUAAAUUCUGUAUACGCUAUAAAAAUUUCAGUUUGACAUCUCUUUUCGUGGUUGAGUUAUCGCGUUAUCAGGCGGACAGCCGGAAAUAAACUAAUUAGCUGAUUUUAUGAACGUAUAUACCAAAAUUUUGUUCGUAGCAUCAAUAUUUUUAAGUGUUACAAACUUGGGACUGAACUUUGUAUACCUUGAUAUUUUUCAUAUGGUAUAAGCAAAAAUUAGAUAGACACCAAGCUGAAUAACUGGUUGAAAUACACACUAUUUUUGUUAAAAUUUAAUAUCCCAUGCUCGAAAUUAGGAUUGAGAAAAAUAUACCUUGGUGAACCUCUCGAUCUUAAUAUACCACCGAAACCUCUCUGACACCUGAACCAAAACGCUAAUUGAUUAACUAAGGCCACUGAACAUUCUUUAUUAGUUGGGACAUUUCAACUGGGUUCCAUUUUCGCUAGAAAUCAACAAAGAUUCCCUCAUUUUUUUAUGUGCAUUAAGUCUAGAAUACAACAAGCAUUAUGGCAUUCUUUUGGACAUGAAUGGGGAAUAAAUUGUAAUUACUGGAAUAUUGAAAAAAAAUACAUAAAUCAGGAACUGAUUACUGAAUCCGUUACAUUGAUUGCGGCAAGCCAGAUGCAAUAAAUUAAUUGGAAUGUAUGCAAAAUGCAAUAAAAGCAAUUUGCAAUAAUUAUGUAUUUAAAAUAUUAAAAAAUUUAUCUCAUUUUCAUUUAAAAUCGAGUAUUUUGCUCACACUCGAUUUUAAAACAUAAAUAAAUUUUAUUUUUCAAAUGGUGUAUGUGGAUGAAACUUUUUAUAUCUUCAUAUAAUUUUAUCUAUUUUCGAAUUAAGAAUUUUUCGGAUUUUUUCAACCUAUUUACAGUUUUUAUACCAUGUAUAUGUCGCAACCAACUAGCUUAUAAUUAGCCAUUCAAUUAACAGCCUAGCCUAUUUACUAAACGGUGUCUUUCAACUAGCGGCCUAAAUAUAUUCAGUCAUUCAAUAAAACAGCUAGGCAAAUGUCUUGGAUGGAUAGCGUUUAAUUAUUCGCCUAGAUAUAAGUUGCUCAUUUCAGGUUGUGAACACGUGCAGUACUGCACCUAGCGAGAAAACAAUAUGGCUUCGGCAAGCAACAAUGUUGUAGAGGCAAGUGACAAAAAUAAUGAUAAUUUAGCUGUGACUGACUUUUAAAUUUAAAUUUAAAUUUAAAACAUAAAAAAAGCUUAGGGGACCACGAGUCUGGAAAGCGUAGGACGGCUAUGGAUUAUUACUAAAUAACAAGAUGUGAUAUUUUUUA